UGGAUCCAGCUGCUGUUCCAGGAGACCAACCCGGGGGUGCGGUACCAGUACACGAUCCAGCGCCCGGCCAACAGCGAGAACGAGAUCGAGCAGCCCGAGUUCCUGUGGCGCUUCGGCUCCUGGACCACCUGCACGGCCACCUGUGGCACCGGGGUGCAGCGGCAGGUGGUGCACUGUGUGGAGAAGCUGGCUGGCAUCGUGGAGGAGAGGUUCUGCGACGCGCUCACCCGCCCCGACGACCAGCAGCGCCCCUGCAGCGAGGAGCCCUGCCCGGCCAGGUGGUGGGUCGGGGAGUGGCAGCAGUGCUCAGCCUCGUGUGGCAGCUCGGGACUGAUGAAGAGGACGGUGCUGUGCAUCCAGAGCGUGGGGCUGGACGAGCAGAGGGCCCUGCAGCCUGCAGACUGCCAGCACCUCCCCAAGCCCGAUGCCACCGCGCCCUGUCACCGGGACGUGCCCUGCCCCUCCCAGUGGGCCGUGGGGAACUGGUCCGAGUGCUCCACGACCUGUGGGAACGGGACCCGGAGACGCCCUGUUGAGUGCAGCCACAGCACGGGGAGGGGUUGUGACCCCGCAGAGAGGCCCAGCGAGGAGGAUCCCUGUGCCCAGCCACCCUGCCAGGACACCCACGGUGCCAACAGCCACGGUGCCAGCACCCACAGUGCCAGCACCGACGGGUCUGGCAGCGGCUCCUCCAGCAGGGAGGUGUUCAAUGACAUCCAUUACAUCCCCAGCAACCACAUCACGAAAUUUAACCCCCUCAUCCCACACGUCCCCGAGUCCAACGAUGUCAAUGUGAUCCCUGAGGAGGACUUCCCAGCCAGCAAGGGAAACGUCUUUGUGGAUGAUUUUUACUAUGAUUAUAAUUUUAUCAACUUCCACGAGGAUCUGUCCUACUACCCCUUCACGGAGAAGGAGACCAAAGGUGAGGAGGCAAAGCCAGAGCUGAGCAACAACGACGUGGAGGGGCCCUGGGAGGUGCCCACUGCUGUCCUGCUCACCACCGAGCUGGGAGGAGACAGCGAGCACCAUCUGGGCACCAAAGCCUCUGCUCCUGUGGAUGAGGGGGAAAUGGAGCCUGGGGAUUUAGCCAGCAAUGACUUCCUGAGCGUGGUCCCCGAGGAUGCAGGAUCAGCCACUCCCAAGUACACCAUGCCAGGGUUCAUGGGUGAGGAGGAGGACACAGUGCUGGUGCCCCGUUCUGAGGACCACCCACCCACCCAGAGCACCACGAGUCACAGCUCUGCCAACAGCCACGACCACCCGGCCCUGGAUGAGCCCCACGGGGCUGUGCUGACCAGGACAGGUCCAGGGCAGGAUGCUCCAGCCCGUGGCUUCGCUCUCUGGGGUCCCCACCCGGCUGAUCUCCCCCCUCUGCUCCCCACAGCCUGGGGCAGUGCCAGAGUGGAUGUAUUCGACAUUCCUGGAGCACCAGGGAGUCAUGGCAAGGGCCGUGCGGGCACAGCGGGGCCAGGGCACCCCGGCAGGGAGGGGCAUGGCAGGGCCAUGUCUGUGGGGACAGGCCACGAGGACUCCAGGGAAACAGGUUCUGUCCUCACUGGUGACACCAACGGUGACACCACGGAGCAGGACGGGGGGGCAGAAGUGCCAGGGUGGGUGGUGGGCACACAGGCAGUGUCAGUGGAUGGUAAUGAUGAGCAUCCCCGUGGGACAGAGAGGGCAGAUCUUUCCUUUCCCACCCUGCAGGGACCGGGGUGGGAGAUGGGAUGGAGUGCUGGCAGUACCCAUCCUGCUGUGAGUCCCUCUGCCGUGGGUGCUGCCGGGGGUCCCAGGGGGCAGGCAGGGCCCCAACCAGAGCUCCACACCCCCACAUCCCUGAGCUCAGCCCCCUGGGUGGCCACUACAGCUCUUCCCACAGCAGCGUCCUUGUCCUCUGCCGUGCCCGGACCAGCCACUCAGCUCAGCUCCAGCAGCCUCAGCCAGCAGGAUGCCCUGGCCCCAGCCAUGCCCACGGCCCCAGCCAUGCCCACGGCCCCAGCUCACAGCCCGGCUGCACACCCAGCAGGAGCAUCCCCCUCUGAGGCCCCCCCGGAAUGGUGGACCCUGGGGAUGUCCCACCAUCCACCCCGUGCUGAACAGACCUCCCACGGGACCCCACUCAGCAUCACCGUGCCAGGGGAACCCUGGGCACCCCCAGGGACAUUUGCCUUCAGUGACGAGGGGCACAAGUGGUCCCAGCCCUCCCCGGCCCCCCCACCGCUCUGGGAGGAGAGGAUGGAGGAGGAGGAGGCGGCGGCUUUGCUUCCACCAUCAACCACCGCAGCAGCCACUGCCAUGCCCAGCUGGGAAGUUGGGAACUGGAGUGAGUGCUCGGCCACGUGCGGCGUGGGCGCGAUCUGGAGGAGCGUGCGCUGCAGCAGCGGCAGUGACGACGGCUGUGCCCCGGCCAACAGACCCGUCCCGGCCCAGAGGUGCUCCCUGAGACCCUGCUCCUCGUGGCGUGUGGGCAACUGGAGCAAGUGCUCCAAGAACUGUGGUGAGGGCACGAAGGUUCGGGAUGUUCACUGUGUGGACACCAGAGACCAGCGGCUGCUGCGGCCCUUCCACUGCCAGGCUGUGCUCCACAAACCCCCAGCACGGCUGCCCUGCCACAACCCACACUGCCUGGACUGGUACACGUCCUCCUGGAGAGAGUGCUCGGAGCCGUGCGGUGGAGGGGAGCAGGAGCGGCUGGUGACGUGUCCGGAGCUCGGGCGCUGCGAGGAGACAUCGCGGCCCAACGCGACCCGGCCCUGCAACACACACCCCUGCACCACCUGGGUGGUGGGCUCCUGGGGACAG